ACAUAACCUGCGUACCGUUGAGCGGCAAGAUUACCGUUACGCUCGUGCGUAAUUAUUACGGCAACACCGUCGAUCGAGGGAAAAACGUGGUUUAAGAUUUUCUCUUGCAUGAACUUGUAUUUAAGGGUUUCCUAAGAACUUUUUAUUGUUGAGAAAAGAAUUGUGUUCCGUAAACGAUAAAGAAAGUGAGAAAACAACUUGUUGAAUAUGCCGACCUUGUCUGAUUACGAAAGUGAAGAUGAUAUAAUAGCUGAAUAUGAGAAACUUGAUUCGAAUAUAGAACAGAAUGAGGGUUCAGGGAAUGAGGAAAAUCAGGAAGAAAACACUCCAAGAAGAGUUGAUCCUACAACUUCCUCGAAAUAUACAGUAAGAAACCCUUUGCCCAAAUUGAAUACAGAACGUUUAAAAGGUCCUAAAGGAAUACAAACUAUAGAAAAGUAUUUUGAAGGGUUUAAGUUUCAUGGGAAAGGACAUGAGAAGUUAGAUUUGGAUAGGAUCAUGAAAAGAAUGGAACAUUGGGCACACAGACUUUUUCCAAAAAUGGAAUUUGAUGGUUUUCUAGACAGACUAGAGAAGCUAGGUACCAAAAAAGAUCUUCAGGUAUUUAUAAAGAAAUAUAGGCAAGACAUGAUUAACCCAGAUGAUGAUGUGAUAAAUCAGGAUAUAAUAGAUGAGGAGAAUGAGAAAGAACAAGAUGAACCUACAGAUGAAUUUGAUAUAUUAAUUGCUGAACAAAUAGAGAAACAGAAACAAGUUGUUAAUAAUCAGUCAACGUCUGAUACAUUAACGGCUGAUGCUCUGUUUGAUAAAUUAAUGUCGGAAACCAAAAGUAAAGCCUCUCAGUCUAUUAAGGAAAAUAUUGGCCCUUCACAGUUAAGUGAUGAAGUAAAAGAACGUAUAGAAAGGAACAGGCAACAAGCUAUUCAAAGAAGAACGGCAAGAUUACAUGCCAUACAAGAAGAAGCUAAGAAAAAAAAGUUGGGUGAGAAUAUAGACACACAACCUGAAAAUAAUUUUAACAGUAUGCAAGUAUCUAAUGAAACUCCAAGUUUAGAAAAUAAAGAUUUGCAAGAAGCACACAAGAAUGAGAAAGGAGAUUAGAAACCUUAAAAUAUAUG